AUGGAAAACAAAAACGUAGUCCCCGUUGAUCCCGGCAGCCCGCUUUUUCUGUCUGGUGAUGGUUUUGAGCCGGCAGGUGUCCUCUUCCCGCACGCCGUGUUUCACUUCCCUUCAAAGAAAAAGAAAGAGGCUUGCGAUUUCCUGGAUAAGGUUGUCGACAAGCACCGUCGUUUGUGCGACGAGAGGCAGCGGCUAGGUCUCAAAAAUCGUUCCGAAGUGGAUGCCAAGAACAAGGCGUCCACUUCGAAAAUCAAACCGGCGAUGAAGGAGCCUGUUCCUGAGCCUCUUCCUUAAAUGUUCCCUAACUCUGCUCCUAUUUUGAACUCGUAAUGGGCUUCGGCCCUCUUUUUUUUAUUUAUGGAAACAUUUGCA